GGUUUGAUCACGUCAGAGGCUGGUACGAGCACAGACACAGUUUCAAUGUUCUGUUUCUGAGGUACGAAGACAUGAAGAAGGAUCUGAGAAGUUGUGUGCUUAAAAUCUGCAGUUUUCUUGAGAAAGAACUGAGUGACGAGACUGUGGAUGAUGUUGUGAGAAAAGCCACUUUUCAAAACAUGAAAUCUGAUCCACAAGCAAAUUAUAAUAAAAUUAUAAAAGAAGAAGUUGGGGUGAGAACAGAUGAUGUUUGUUUCCUACGCAAAGGUACAGUUGGAGACUGGAAACAUCACCUGACCGUGGAACAGAGUGAGAUGUUUGACAGGAUCUUCCAAAGGAAGAUGAAAGAUAUUCCUCUGAAGUUCACCUGGGAUGUAAAGGAGGAAUAGAAUUUUAAUCAGAGUCCAAAACAAUCAUAUAAAAACUAGUAAUUGUAAAACAUGCUUUCAUAUUCAUAUUGAUAUGCUCCUUUCAUGUGAUUGUUAAUGAUAAAAUCUCAGUUCUUUAUUGACACUAUUAGUGAAAAAUACAAGUACAUUUAAAUAAUGAGCAUACGUUUGAUGAGCUCUGUGAAUUGCAAAAUAUUAAAGAGACUCAAUAAGUAAAAUUGUAAUAGUAAUAGGAAAAAUUGAA